UACAACUGAAGACUUUUUGGUAAAAGCCCUAUUAAUUUUUAAUGUAGGUAUCCUCUCUUGCAAAGAAUAAAAUAUACACCUUAACGUCCUUAACUUUCAAAACAAAAUAAUUUUAUACGACAUUGCAGCAAUUCGAUUUACCGCUUAUAGUGUGAAUGCACAUUUAGCUAUAUUAAAAUCAAUGCGCACUGCCCGCUAAAAUGUCACUUGUCAAAGUCAAAAGUAAAAAUUUAGUUUUGGCGGCAACAAACAGGUGAAUUAUUGUUCUUAUUCAGUUUUUAAAUACAUUUUGAAGUUUUGGAUAAGUUUUGGUGUUUUAAGAUGGAAAAAAAAGUACGUUCGAAUAGAAUAAGAGUUCAGUGUUUAUCGUGUGGUUCAGAGUUUGUGAAAGAAUAUAAACCUACACAUGAGAAAAAGAUGCACGGCGGAAAAUGUGUAGCAAUAAAACUAGUAGGCGCUCCAGACAAUCCUUUUGUUUUGGCGGCAAAAAAAAGACGAAAUGAAGAAGUUAGCGAAGGUAGGUAAAAAUACAUACUAAUACAACUAAAUCGCGGGUUUGGCCUUGUAAUGAGGUAAAAAGUAAAGGAGAUGAUAUAGUCAAGAUUGUUUACACCCCUUUUAAAAGAGGGGUGUGCUAAAACCACAAAAUUAUCUAGAUUUUUAUAUUCAUUCAUUAUAUUUAUUCAGUCAUUAAAAAUAAACAAUACUUAAUUAGCAAGCUUAAUUUCGCGAUAAAUUAUUACCUACGUAUUGUAUUGUUUUAGCAUCGUCUAGUUCGAUAGAAAAUAUACUUGAAUUGGCAGUGAAUAAAAGAAAGAGCAAAGAAGAAUCUAAAGGUAAGCUGAAUAUAGAAUAUAAUAGAUAUAUUUUGAUAGGUUUUUGCGUUUAAAGGCCGGUUUACACGCUACGAGUUAUCGUACACGUGUAUAGCUUAUACACGCUACGACAUAGUGUGUAAAUAGCAAAACGUACUUCUCACGGCAAAUAAAAUAAAAAAAUUACACAUUUCGUAAAAACUUUAGUUUUGUAUUUCGAUUUUAUAUUAGCCAAUAAAACGUACGAUAAUUCGUAAUGUAUAAACCGGCCUUAUUAGUGGUUAUAGGGAAAAAGAACACAAGAACUUUUUCUGAUUACUGAUUUGGAUUUGUAGAUGUAACAAAUACUAAAAAGCCAAAACAGUUAAUUACCGUUUUUCCGGAAGCUGAACAAAGUAAAGACAUUUUAAUUGAGGAGCCUGAAAAUGAAAACAUUGAAAGCUACACAUUUCAGGAAUCAGAACAUGACCGCAUAAGCUCUAACUCUAAGACUCAACUUAAUAGUGAUUCGAUGGAUAACUUAGCUGAUCAGUUAAUAGUGCCUAAUUUCUCAUACGUGAAUCAAAAUCAAAAGUUCUUCAUGAAUCCUUCGGACAAAAAUUCCGAAAAUGACUUCAUCCAAGAACAGAGCGAGAAGGCAUCAUCACAAGUGGAGAAUAUUUCUUUGAAUUUUAACGUGAACGAAGAAGAAUUUGAUAAAACAAAGCCUUCCACAAGCCAAAAUAGUCAAGAAGACUUUGACAAUAAUGUGUCAGAUGAAGUAGACCACAAUAAUUGGUUUGAAUGCACUGGCAGUUUUGCUUCAUUAUUAGAUCAUUUAACUAAUGCUAAGAAUUUAUUAACUAAUAUCCAAACUGAUUGUAAUAUAGAUGAAUAUAUUACCAUUAUCCAGAUUUUGGAUAUUACUAAUACCAUUAAAGAAAAAUGUGAAUUAACACGAGUGUCGUGUGAAUCUUAUGUUUCCGUUUUAGAGAAGAAGCGUAGCAUUUACGAAGUAGAUAAACAUGUUGGAGAUAAUAUGAUGAUUCUACAUGACCCCGGCAUAAGACAAGAAAUUAAAACAGACAAAGAGCGAGACUUUCUCAUUGCAUUAGGACCCCACCAACCUAAUUUAAGAAUGUUUCCCAGCGAUGGUAAAAAUCGCUUCAAUUCUGGAUGGUAUAAAGAGUAUCCUUUCUUAGAAUAUAGCACAGCCAAGGAUGCUGCUUUUUGCUUUGUUUGUUUUUUAUUUCCCACUGGCGUAGGAAGGGAGAAAUCCGAGUUAGCUUGGAGUAAGAAUGGAGUCUCAUCAUGGGGAAAAAUGAAGAGCUCUGGAUCAAAAAAAUUAGGGAAGUUACAGCAACAUUUCAGUUCCGUCUCACAUAAACAAGCCUUGCGGGAUUAUGGUAAUUUUACUAAUAAAGCAAACAACAUUGAUAUUUUAAUUAACAAGGAACAAAGAGUUAGGAAAAUUGAAGAAGAACGCAUUCUUUGUCAAAAUACAGAAGUUGUCAGUAUUUUGUUUGAUGUGGCUAAAACAUUGGGUCGACAAGGAUUAGCAUUUCGAGGAAACGACGAAAAUGAUGGAAAUUUUGUUCAAAUUGUGCAGCUGCUUUCCCGUCACAAUCCAAUUCUUGGAAAAUGGCUAGCAGACAGAAAAUUGCGUCCUUACCAUGUAAGUUACAUGGGUGCCUCUUCUCAAAAUGAGUUUAUCGAAAUACUGGGUAAAGAAAUACAAAAAGAAGUUGUCUCGGAAGUAAUAAAAUGCCCGUUUUAUGCAGUGAUGGCGGAUCAUACUCCUGAUAUUUCAAACAAAGAAAUGCUAUCAAUUGUAGUUCGUUCAGUUGAUGAAAAUGGUUUACCAAGGGAAAGACUACUGUCUGUUAUGGAAUCAAAAAAUAAAACUGGGGAAGCCACCGCACAAGAUAUUCUGGAUACAUUCAUAAAGCAAAACAUUGCGCCAGCCAAUUUAGCCUUUCAAUCCUAUGACUGUGCUGCCUCAAUGUCUGGUAAAUUUAAAGGUGCGCAAAAAAAGCUGUCCGAGUUGGUGGGUCACAAUAUUUCUUACAUUCCAUGUCAAGCCCAUAGAACAAAUACAGCUUUGGAACAUAGUUGUCACGCUUCAUUUAUAGUGGCGGAAAUGUUUAACACGUUGGAGGAGCUAUACGUUUUUUUCAAUUCGAGCACCAAACGAUUUUUUGCAAUGAAAGAAAAAUUAGCUGAAGUGGAAAAUUCGAUUUUAAUAAGAAACUUAUCCAAAACAAGGUGGACCGCUCGGGCAGAAACGCUAAAAGCUAUUAGCAUAUCAUACGAGGAAAUACUUCAACUAUUAGAAGAUAUUUCAAAUGCUAAUGAUUAUUCAAUAGACAAUAAAAGCAAAUCCAAAGCAUUGGGUUUAUAUAAAAGAAUGUUGUGUUUCGAUUUUAUAGUAUGUUUAAUGUUCUUAAAAAAUAUAUUUUAUAAAAUGAAAAUAAUCACAGAAAUUCUGGAACAGGAUGAUCUGAAUAUCAUUGAUGCCGUAAAUAUGAUUUCUUUAACAUGUACUUCGUUACGAAAUAUUCGGAAUAGUGAAGAGGAUGUAAAUAAUUUAAUCGAAAGUGCCAUACAAUUUGCAGUAAAAUUAAAUGUUGAUCCGGAAACUGAUUUCCGAAAACAUCAUAGGAGGCGUCUUGUUCCAAAAAAAAUUGAUACAAAUAGGGAUAGCUCUGUUAAUAUUCCAUAUAAGCAGUUUUAUAGAAAAGAAUUUUAUCUUGUUCUGGAUACUUUAAUUAAGUUUUUAGAUGAAAAUUUGUCAGUUGUGCUUCAAAAUGUCUCACCAUUGACAAACUUAUUUUCUUUUCCUUUAAACAAAAAAAACAUAAUUUUAACACAAAUAGAACAGGCUAUCUUACUAUUUCCACCCAGUCACAAAAUUGAUGAAUUAGCUUUACAAGCGGAGUUAGAAAUAUUGUUUGAACUAUGUAGCAAGUCAGAAAAAGUUGUUAAGUCCAUGCAGGAUGUGAUGACAAUUGCUUCCCAAAAUAAACAGAUUUUUCCUAUAGCAUUUAAGUUUUGUAGAUUUAUACUAACAGCUGGAUAUUCGGUAGCAACUAAUGAAAGAAAGUUUAGUCUGCUUAAAUUUAUAAAAAAUGCCAGCCGUUCAAAAAUGAAUAACGAACGGCUAGACCUAAUCAUGGCUAUGAAAAGUGAAAGAGACAUUUUAGAUCGUUUAAAUAUUAAGAAUUUAGUAGCCCAAUGGGCAAAAUUAAAACAAAGAAGACUUAAGGUCAUAAGUAAUUUGUAAAUACUAGUUAAUAUAAGUUGUAAGUUUUGAAUAAGUUUACAGUGAAAGAACCGCACUAUAACCAGUAUACUUAUUUGUUAGAAUGUAAAAUAAAUAUUACGAGUUGAAAAUUGAA